AAGCGACGGAGAGCUUAUGAGAGACCCGGGUCGUUUUUAAUCUUGUUAGCCAGUGAGGCUACCCAGCUAGUUUGGAAGCUAAUUUGAACGUUAGCCACAUUAAUGCUAAUUUUGGCACUCAGCAUAACCAGCACAACGAGACGUGUGAUAUAACUUACAGCUACAACUAGCGAGCAGGGGUACACAAGUAUUGUGUCAGGCUGCCAGGGAAGGAAAAUGUGAAAAUGGCAGAGCUAACAACACUAGAGAGCCUGCUGGAGAUGGGCUUUGAAAGAAACAGAGCGGAGAAGGCCGUGGCCAACACAGGGAACCAGGGCAUAGAACAAGCCAUGGACUGGUUAAUGGAACAUGAGAAUGACCCAGAUAUUGAUGAGCCUUACGUGCCGCCUGUGGGGAACGUCCUGGGAGGAGAAGCAGACAGCCAGCCUACCGCAGAACAACCAACACUAGCAGACACCGCUGAAGGGACAGCGGGUGGAGACAGCAGCAGUGCAAAGAGGCCAAUGACAGAGGAGGAGAGACUUGAGCAAGUUAGAAGGCUAGAGGAGCUGAUGCGGGUGAAGCAGGCGGAGAGAAGAGAGCGAGAGCGGGAAGAAGAGUUGGAGCGGGAGAAGCAGCGGAGGAGACAGGGCCAAGAGCUGCAGCAGAUUCGCCAAAAGUUACAGGACGAUGACAUGAAAAAACUUGCGGAGCAGCGCAGGAGAGAGAAGAUGGAGGACAAACUGGCGAGGCAAAGGGUUAAAGAUAAGAUAGCACGAGACAGGGAGGAGAGAGCACAAAAGUUUGGAGGCGGUGGGCCGCCAAGCACGGCCGCAUCGUCCCAACCUGCCCAGCCCAGCCCCUCGUCACCCACCAGCCACGGCCCUCCACCCACUAAGAAGGAGUAUGAUGAGUCCAGGAUACAGGUACGUCUGCUGGACGGCUCGACCAUCACGGCAGUCUUCAAGGCUCAGGAGCCGCUGGCGGCAGUGCGUGUCUACGUGCAGAUGAACAGCAACACACCUGAGGGUCAGGAAGUCGCGCUGCUGUCGCCCUACCCACGUCAUGAAUACACAGAACUGGACAUGGAGAAGCCCCUCAAAGAACUAGGUUUGGUGCCUUCAGCUGUGCUGGUUGUUACCAAAAAGUGAGAUCAAGAUUGGAUCUGCUCUGUGAGCCUACCUCACCACUUCCACUGGAUCAACACGAGACCUGAAUGAUCCGAGAAGAGCCCCCACCUUUUUAGUAUCACUCAAUAAGCCAGCUAACUUAACUAAAGCAGAGAGAUGCAGUUUGAGACUGUCUUCACAUUGUGUAUAGCUACUUUUAGGUUUUGGAGAUGUGAAAAUGAAAAAAACAAACAGUAUGGUUAACUCACUGAAUGAGAUGCCUUAUUUCAUCCUGGCCUUGAUUGAUUACAUUUGAUAUAGUUUGGUUUGUGUGCAGUGAGAUGGAUAUUGACUUUUACUUAUUCAAGAACAAAUUGAAGAUAGCUGGCUUCUGAUGGGAUACUGCUUCAUGGUCUUUAGAACACAAUUAUAAAAAACGAAAGAAAACAAUUCUUCCAUUUUAACGUGAUCCUUGCAAAGUACCACACAAGACCUACUCAAUUGGUUCUGAAAGGGCCUUUCAUUUAAUCCGCACGAUCUUCCUGAUUUUGUGACAUUCUACUUUGCUAGUUUUUUUUAUAAGUUAAAAUAUAUUGACUGUUAUGUUUGCAUAAUCACCAAGAAUCUACUUAAAAUAAAGCUGACUCAUAUGUAAAAA